GAGGGGAUGGGUAUAGCCUAAAUUGGGUGGGUGCUGAGAGAUCUGGGAGUGCUGAGGUAGCUGGGCAGAUGCUGGUGGGGGAGGGGCUCUCUUGCAGGGGCUGGGCUCUGGCUUGGGCCUUUCUGGCCAGGGUCUGGCUGGGGUGUCUCUCUUGGAGGGUAGGCUUUGUGGAGGACAGGAGGUCUCUGUGGGGCAGGGUUCUGGCUUAGGCAGCCUGCUGAGUCUCCCCCAACCCAUCUUCUCUCCCUGCCACCUGGGUCAGCUGCCUGAAGCCUUUUGCUACUGGAGCCUCUCAGAAGGUGACUCCCCUUUCGGCCUGGUUCUCAUCUGGGGGGGCCCUGGCUGUGCAGCCCCCCCAAACUCUUCCCACCCUGAAACACGGCUCUAGCCAACCUGCUUCGCUGCUUCACCUGCGACCGACUGUGUGGGGGGUGCACAGCGCCCGCCCCCCCACCCCGCCAGGGUAUCGCCCUCCAGCCUGUCAUGCCCAGCUGUGAGCCAGGGCCGCCUGCUGCCUGCCUGCCCACCAAGACCUUCCGCAGCUACCUGCCACACUGCCACCGCACCUACAGCUGUGUGCACUGCCAGGCCCACCUGGCCAAGCAUGAUGAGCUCAUCUCCAAGUCUUUCCAGGGGAGCCAUGGCCGAGCCUACCUGUUCAAUUCUGUGGUUAACGUGGGCUGCGGGCCAGCUGAACAGCGCCUCCUGCUCACUGGGCUCCACUCUGUGGCCGACAUUUUCUGUGAGAGCUGCAAGACCACCCUGGGGUGGAAAUAUGAACAGGCCUUCGAGACCAGCCAGAAGUACAAGGAGGGGAAGUUCAUCAUUGAGAUGUCACACAUGGUGAAGGACAACGGCUGGGACUGAGGAGGGAGGGGGCUUGCAGCCACACCCCCAGCAGCAUGGCCUCCCCCUCCCUGAUCACGUUGCUACAUUGCCCAUCCCAGCACGAGAACGCCCCUGCACAAAGGUCACCUUUCGGGAGCAGGGGAUCCAGGACCCUCACACCACCCCCAGCCUGAGUGUGCACUGAGCACGGGGACGCCUGUUUCCCCUUUGGGGCCAGCACCAGGCAUGGACUGUGAGGCCAGCCCCAGGGUGGGCAUCCUGCUGGGCACCGACCCGCUGCUAGCACUGUGGGGCACAGACACCUGGGAGCAUGACUCCUGCGGCUAGUGUCUUCCCCAAUCAGGGGGAGUGGGAGUUUAGUUAGAGCCUGCCCUGUGAGAUGGGGAGCAAGGAGACAGUUCCUUGGGUAUGGUGCUGAGGGGAACUGGUGGGGUGAGGGAGCUGAGUGUCCACCCACCCCCGCCCCUGGUGUGGGGUUGUGAGGGGAGAGGCCAAGAGGAUCAAAGCUGGCCCCCUGGUGUGGGGUGGGGGCCAUUAGCAUCAGAGAGCUUCACUCGCACUCUUGGUGAUGAGGAUCAAAGCCAGGCCCCCUUGGCAGGGGGCUCUGGGGCGGAGGGGGGAAGGUCAGAGUUGCCACUCCACAGUAGGCACAGGAACAGAUUCAAAACUGGCCCCCUCCCCACAUGGGGCUCUGGGUGGGAGGUCAAUGGGAUCAGGGAAGCCACCCCAGUCUGGGGCUCAGGGUGGAGUUGGGGGAGAGAAGGUAGGAGCUGGUCCCCUGACCUGUGGCGAGAGGGUCACCACUGGCACCACUGGACUGGGGCUCAGUGUGGGGUGGGGGAAGACAGGGUCAGAGCCAGGCCUCCUGGCCCCGGAGUGUGUGGUGGGAGAAGGAUCAGAGUCCAGCUCCUGGCCUGGGGCUUGGAGUGGGGCGUUGGGGUCAGAACUGGACCCCUGGCCUAGGACUAUGAGUGGGAGGUGAGAAGGUCGGAGCAGCCUGGGGCUUGGAGCGAGGGUGGUAGCUGGCCCCUCCUGGCCCUAGGCUUGGAGUGAGGGGAUGAGAUGGUCCAAGCCAGCCUCUGCAGUCUAGGACUUGGAUUUGGGGGGGGGGGGGUGGGAGGGGCGAGAGGGUGGGAGUUGGGCCCCUGGCUUGGGAAGGUUGGAGCUGCCCCUCCCCCGCCCCCAGGCCUGGGGUGAGAGGGUCCAGAGCUGGGCCUGGGACUCUGCUGUUCAUUUCCCUGCUCCCACGUCCCUCCCUUGGGCCUUCUUCUGCACUCCUCCAUAUCUGCUCUGGGCCAUUUGGUUCUGUAGGUCGCCAUGCCUUGGUGAUCCCUGGGCACUGCCCAUCCCUGCCCCUUCAUUGCUGCCAUGGGGCCUGGCCCCGGGGGCCCCAACACUGUGGCACCAGCACCAGCGCACGCGGGUUUUGUAUUAUAAAUAAAGGUGUUUUUAUAGAA